GUGUCUUUACAGGAGGCAAUGAUUACCAAUUGGAAAACGGAAAAUAGAACAUUUGUUCCAACUUUUGCAACAAAAGUGGUUGAAGAAAAACUCCAAAAUCAAAAUUUUGUCAUUGUCGUAGGCAAUUCCGGAUCAGGAAAGACGGCCAUGAUUCAACAUAUUGCUUUGAAGUAUCAGGAACAGGGCUGGGAUAUCGUUCCCAUUGACGAAGUAAGAGAAAUUAAAGAAAUAUGUUCAAAUUCCCUCACUCAAAGACUUUUUAUUAUGAAUGACCCUAUUGGAAAAGAGAAAUUGGAUGAAAUAUCUAAACAUUCAUGGGAAUGUCUUGAAAAAACCCUAGAAAUUUGUUUGGAGAAAUCAAAGAUGCUAGUAUCUUGUCGACGAUGUGUGAUAAAAGACGAAACAUUACAAGGACUAUUCAAAGAACAAUCAAAUAUCGUAGAGAUUGACAGUGGUAACAAUGUUUUAACAGAUGAAGAGAAGAAAAAAAUAAUCAAACAGUACGUAAAAGAAGAAGACCUUUCUAAAGAUGCUAUUGAUGAAAUUAUUAAGACGGAUUCUUAUUUUCCUUUGCUUUGUAAACUCCUGUCUGUUGAUAGACAUUACCUCGGUGAGGCAAUAAGUCUUUUCAAACAUCCUUUUGAAUUAGUUAAGAAAGAAAUUGAAACAUACAAAUACAAAGGCAAGGAAAAAUAUUGUGCACUUGUUUUCCUGUCAAUGUUCAACACCAUUGACACUGAAAAAAUAAGAUAUUCAGAUGAUUUCCGGAAAAGAUUUAAUGAAAUUGUUGAAGCUUGUGAUUUACCCUCAAAUUUACAAAUUACAAGUAUAAAAAGAAAUCUUAAGUUGCUGGAAGGUUCCUUUGUAAAGUGCGUUGGUAGCUCAUUUUCCUUCAUUCACGACUUCGUCAUGGAAGUUACUACACUGAUAUUUGGAACAGAUUUCCCAAAAGAGACAAUAAAAUAUGCAAGUAGUGAUUUUCUUCGGAAAAGAAUGAAAAUUCAAGAAAAAAAAACUAAAAUACCUGAUCCAUUAACUAUUUAUCUACAUCCAUUGUAUAUUGGUGACCUUAUAGAAAGAUUUUUCCUUGAUAUUAAUUCCGAUUGCGUAUUUGAUUUUGUUCUUAAUCCGUGCUUACGAAGUAAAAUUGUAAUCGAAAAAUUCAUCGAGAAGAUGAAAAGUCUAGAAAAUCUAUCAAUGUUCUACACUGAACAAACAAUAUCAAUAGAUAAAUACAUAUACAGCGAGGACGCCAUGGCUAGAAGUCGUUUGUCUAGAAUCCGCUUUAUUUCGUUAGAAGAAAGGAUAACACCAAUCAGCCUUCUUAUUACAUAUUGUCAUGAUGAAAUAUCUACAUUUUGUCUUAAUAACACUAACAGUAAAACUUUACAAGAUCAGUUCCUACUCCCUCAUGUGUGUGCAAAUGGUAGUUUAGAACUAUUGAACACACUGAACGAAAAAAGUAGAUCAUUAUGGAUCAGUAAAAAAUAUGGCAAAAGUCAUUACCCAAUACACAUAGCAUCUGCUUUUCACAAUGUAGACAUUGUUGAGAGACUUCUUCGAUUAGGCGCUGAUCCAAACACCCUCACUACAGAAAAUCGAUGUAAUCCGUUGAUUUCGGCAGCUAAUGAUGACGCGCACAAUUGUGAAGUUCAUCGACACGCGGGCAUGAAGCGUAACCAGACAAUCGAAUGUUUGAUAAAGUAUGGAACAAAAGUCAAUUUAUGUCGCAGAAAUGGAUACUCACCAUUACACUUCUGUAUCUUUAAUAAGGUACCUCAGAACACAAUUGAACUUUUAAUCUCCAAAGGAGCUGACAUCAAUUUAUGUUCUGAUUCUGGAGAAAGUUUUCUUCACUCAGCUUGUUCAAAUGGAUAUGACAUAAUGGUACAAUUUUUACUAAAUAAAGGCAUCAACAUAAAUUUACGUGAUACAGAGGGUAACAGUCCACUCUGGUAUGCUUGUAUGAAUGGACAUGAAAGCACAGUAAAAUUGCUGUUGACUAAUGGGGCCAAAAUUAAUCUACCAAACAAUAAAGGUUACACUGCUUUAAGUUUAACUUGUGAGUGUAGACACACUAAGAUAGUCAACAUUUUACUGGACAGUGGCGCAGAUAUUAAUGCGUGUAGUUCCAAUGGAGAAAGUCCACUCUGGAGAGCCUGUUUCUUUGGUAAUGAAAGUACUGUGAAAUUAUUGGUGCAAAAUGACGCGAAUAUUAAUUUAUGUCGCAAUGGUGGAAUGAGUCCUUUGUUUGUAUCUUGUGAAAAAGGAUUUGAAAACAAAGUUAAGAUAUUACUAAACAGCGGUGCAGACGUAAAUUUAUUGGACAACAGACGUGCGACUCCAAUUGCAAGAGCUUCAUAUGAUGGUAGAAACAAUAUCAUUCCACUACUACUCGACAAAGGAGCCGAUGUUAAUUUAUGUUGUAUGAAUGGAGAAAGUCCUCUAUUCUUUGCUUGUCAAAAUGGACAUGACAAUACGGUUAAGCUUUUAUUACAAAAUGCUGCAGACGUCAAUUUAUGUAAACUUGGGAAAUUCAGUCCUCUUUAUAUAGCAUGUUACGAGGGAAAUAAUAGCAUUGUUAAAAUUUUAUUGGAGAACGGUGUAGAUAUCAAUGCAUAUGAUAAAUAUGGAUGCAGUCCUAUCGUCAGAGCAUGUAAAGAAGGAGAUGAAUCUGUAGUAAAAAUGCUCAUAGAGCACGGUGCUAAUAUUAAUUUACGAGACAAAAAUAGAAAAACAGCAAUAGACAGUGCUCGUGAUUUAAAACGUGAAGAUAUCGUUGAUCUUAUGCGUGAGACAACACUAAGAGAAUAACCUUAAUGAAUAACAUGAUCAACGAUAAUUCUUUAUCAGUUUGUUUUCCAGACUUUUCUGUCCGUUGAUGAACAUUUUUGUGUGAAGAGAUUUUUUUCUGAGCCGAAAUAAUACCAUACAAAUGUAACUGCAAUUUGAUUUAUUUUGGCUAACUUAAAUAACUUACCAGUGUUACCGAAAUCGGUUCUUUAAAAAGAGCAACGAAAUGUGCAGUCUGUCACGAGCAACAUGACACUGAGAAGAUGUGUGUCCUUGUCCAUGUCAUAAUAAAAGUUU